CAGAUGUCAGUAGUUAUGGUAGGUGCAUUCAGUUAGUCUGGCUAUAAACUCUGGGUGACGUGCGAAUAAUGCACUUUAAUAACGACUUUGUAAAUGGUUAUUUUAUUUAAUUCGAAAUGAUAAACGACAUUGCAUUAGAAACGUGGACCAAGAAUGGAGAAACGAUUGGCCUGCUUCAGCACACAAACGAUAAGGACACAAAACCGCUGCAUGCCUAUAGAAGUCAAUUUUUAGUUAUUUUCUUCAUAUUUUCGGUGCUGAUUAUCACGUUCUUGAUGUCAGUGAUCGAUUUUUGGUCAGAUGACCAAUUUGUACAGCAUGCAGUUAUUAAAAAUAAAGAUCACUUCGCAAUGAAAAACAGGGAGUAUUUCGACCAGUGUGCACCUAUUGUCUCGUGUGAUUAUAGUGACAUAUACAGAACUAGCAAUGGGACGUGUAACAAUCCAAACAACCCAAUUUGGGGUUCAUCGAACACCCCAUUCAUCAGACUUGUCGACGCACACUACAGUGAUGGAAUCUCUAAACUACGUACAUCAUCUGAUGGGAAACCAUUGCCGAGUGCAAGAGAAAUUCAAGUGAAGCUGUUUCUAAAUAAACAAACAAGAAUCCCUGACAAAAAUAACCAACUACUAAUGCAAUGGGGUCAAUUCGUCGCUCAUGAUGUUUCUAACUUAGCAAUUGAUACAAACGGUGAAGAUUGUUGUGUAUGUAAAAAUAAACCUUGGGUUUCAAGAGCGUGCGAAGCUACCAUCGAAAUACCCAUAGAUGAUCCUAUAUACUCAAAGUACAACACAACGUGCAUGAGAUUUACUCGGGCAAUGACAUCAUACAACUAUAGUUGUCCCUUACAACCAUUGACAUUUAUAGACGAUGCUUCGCACUUUAUCGACGGUUCUCAGAUUUAUGGUUCUAAUGAUGACGUUGUAUCGAAACUGAGAUCGUUCACUGGUGGGGCGUUAAUUUCUGUUCUUGAUAACAACCAGGAGUUUUGUCCACGUUCGUCCUUUAAGUCUUCUGAUACCAACAAAUAUUUGUACAGCUCCGGAGACUCGCGUGCUAACUUGAACCUUGGAAUAGCACUUUUUCACAAUAUGUUUUUGAGAUUUCAUAAUUACGUAGCGUUUAAACUAAAAUCUGAGAAUUCUUUGUGGUCUGAUGAAAAGUUAUACCAAGAAACUCGCAGAUUCGUUGGUGCAAUUAUUCAACAUAUUACAUACACACAGUUUUUGCCAAUAAUUUUAGGUAAAAAUUAUACUACGGACGAAGUGCUUGGUGAUAACAAUGAAUAUGAUCCCACUGUGAACCCAUCAACUUCACAAGAGUUUUCAACUGGCGCAUUCCGUGUACUGCACAAUAUUGUACCAGCUCAACAUAGGUUUAUUGAUUCAAAUUCCACAACUGUACAAAUAGUCAAUGUUACAGACUGGAUGAAUUGUCCAUAUCUUUUACAACAAGGCGCGAACUAUGACCAGCUACUUCGAGGUUUAUUAUGUACAGAAGGACGUCUGAGUCAACCUUCAUACAAUCCUUUAAUUUCGAACUUAAUGUUUCAUUCAAACAAUUCGAUUGGCGUGGAUCUUCUGUCGUAUGAUAUCCAAAGGGGGCGUGAUACUGGUCUGCCGCCGUACAAUAAAAUGAGACAAUUAUGCGGAUUACCUGUUGCUAAAUCAUUUGACGAUUUGAGCGAUAUCAUAUCAACAGAUGACAUUUAUGAUUUAGAAACACUUUACUCCUCUGUAGAUGACAUAGACUUCAUCGUGGGGGCUUUAUUGGAGACACCAGAAGACGAUGCUUUGGUUGGAAAUACCUCACGAUGUGUUAUUGGUGAUUUUUUCUAUAGAUCACGAGUUGGUGAUCGUUUUUUUUACGAUACCAAAGGACAAUCCGGUCAAUUUUCUAAAAAUCAACUUGAAAUAAUCAAAUCAAUCAAUCUGAAUCAUAUAAUAUGCACUACCUCGUCUGUUAAUAACUUGCAAAAAAAUAUCUUCACCAAAGUAGACAACGGAUGGUAUUCUUCAAUGAAGUGGAGUUGCAGUGAAAAAUAUAUGAUAGAUUUUAAACCAUGGAAAGAAGAGCUUGAUUAGAGAGAUUGAAGUAUCAUUAAAACCAAAUUUAAUUUCUCUGUGUAAUUUGUGUCUGUUUCAUUUUAUUAUUCGAAACUCACUAUAGUACAAAAUUUAAAAUGUAUUCAUAACUUUAAUAAACAUAAAAAAAUAUAUUUGAUUUAAUAAUGUA